CAACUGGCUGUUAGAGUCAAAUUCCCAUCGUUCCUUUUCUAGCUGGCUGAACCGGAACCACUAAUGUCUCCUCUCAUGCUAGCCAUACUCAUCGUUCUCCUUGCAUCUAUUGUUUCAUUCCUUUACAUCUCCAAACAUGACCGGAAACUACCACCAGGACCCCGAGGUUUUCCAAUCGUAGGAAACCUCCACAAGUUAGGCGACCUCCCACAUCAAGCACUUCACCACUUAGCUAAGAAAUAUGGACCGAUCAUGUCAAUGAGGCUAGGUCUUGUACCGACCAUUAUAAUCUCGUCACCACAAGCAGCUGAGCUAUUUCUUAAAACGUACGACACCAAUUUCGCCAGCCGUCCCAAUAUACAAGCUUCUCAUUAUUUGUCUUAUGGAAGGAAAGGAUUGGUGUUUUCGGAGUACGGCUCUUAUUGGAGAAGUACGAGAAAGUUGUGUACGCUACAGCUUCUUUCUGCAUCGAAGAUUCAGGCUUUUGCUCCGAUGAGGAAGGAAGAGUAUGGGUUGAUGGUUGGCAAGUUAAAGAAAGCAGCGGCAGCGCGUGAAGUUGUGAACUUAAGUGUAAGUGUAAGUGACUUGAUUCAGAACAUGAGUUGCAGGAUGGUUUUUGGGGUAUCUACCAAUAAUGGCGAUUUUAGGUUGAAGUCAGUUGUCGAAGAGACUUUGAGAUUGGUGGGAGCUUUCAAUAUAGGGGAUUUUGUUCCUUUUUUAGGAGCCUUUGAUCUUCAGGGAGUGAAGAAACGUUCGAAGGCAUGUAACGAGGCAUUUGACAAAAUAAUGGAAAAGAUAAUUGAUGAACAUGAAAAGGAAGCUCAUUGGGAGAACAAACAACAAAGGGACUUCGUUGAUGCCUUACUUUCAGUGGUGAAUCAGUCGAUGAUUUCCCAUGACGGAGCAGAGUCUGAAAUUGAUAGAAGUAAUAUUAAAGCUAUCUUGAUAGACAUAAUUGUUGCUGCAGUUGAUACUUCUGCAACUGCAAUUGAAUGGACACUAGCGGAACUCAUAAGACAUCCUCAAGCAAUGAAAACCCUUCAAGAUGAGCUACAAAAUGUUGUGGGAUUGGAUAAAAUGGUGGAGGAGAAAGAUCUUUCAAAGUUAACUUACUUAGAUAUGGUGAUAAAAGAAAGUUCAAGGCUGCAUCCAGUUGCGCCAUUGCUAGUUCCUCACGAGUCGAUUGAUGAAAUUACCAUCGAUGGAUACCAUAUACCAAAGAGAUCAAGAAUCCUUGUGAAUAUAUGGGCGAUUGGACGAGAUUCAAAUGUGUGGUCGGAUAACGUUGACGAAUUCUUGCCAGAAAGGUUCAUUGGCACGAAUGUGGACCUCCAUGGACAUGAUUUUCGACUCAUACCCUUUGGCUCUGGUCGAAGAGGGUGCCCUGGAAUUCAUUUGGGGUUAACCACCGUCAGAAUGGCUAUUGCUCAACUUGUACAUUGCUUCAAUUGGAAGCUCCCAGAUGGUGACGUGUCGCCAAGCGAGUUGGAUAUGAGUGAACAAUUUGGCCUGACAGUGUCGAGAGCUAGCCAUCUGUUUCUUGUGCCAGAAUAUCGCUUGCCUGUUUAAAACCUUUUCAGAUGUUGCUUUAAAUAUAUAUGUGCUUCCAUGUAUACAAUUUUAAGACCUUUGCAUAUUUACGCCUUUGUAUUGUGAUGAUCAGUAAUAAAAUUGACAAGUUUCAAUAUUUAA